AUGCCGUGCUCCUUCGACACGCCCUCCUCCGCGGGGUCCGACACUGGCUCGACCUCGGGAACCGCGACAGCUCCCUCGCUCGUCGUGAGCGCUCCGCCGGUCAUUGCGAGCGCGUCCGACGGGCACCCGUCGCCCCCGCCGUCCCCAUACCCCUUGCGGACCACGUUGUCGCCCACCCCGUCCGUCCCGUCUCCACCCCCACCAUCGCCCGUCUCCUCCGAGUCGCGCUCGUCGUCGCUAGCGUACUCGCGCCCGCCGUCUCCGUCUCCGUCGCCUUCUCGGGCCACACCCGCGCCGGCGCUGCGAGUGCCGUGGCUGCAGACGGUUCUGAACACCGAGAUGCCGCCGCACCCCGGGAUGGGGAUCGCGCGCGCGCAGAGCACGUAA